CACUUGGGCGUUGCCUAGAUGACUAUAAAGUGUUGAAUAAACUUUCAGUCAGCCCACGUCUAACUCCACUUAAGCUCUGCCACAGUUUCUGCAUCCUCGUGAUCCGCACUCAUUUCUGCAACCAUGACUGACUUGGAGAAAUCCAUGGAUUCCAUGAUAACCGUGUUCAACAAGUAUGCCCAUGAUGGCAAACACGGAAAGGCCUUAACCAAGAAAGAACUAAGAAAACUAAUUGAGGCUGAGCUUCCCAACUUUCUGAAAACCCAGAAGAAUGCCAACUCCGUGGACCAUAUCAUGAAGGAUCUGGACCAGAACAAAGAUGAUGUCUUGGACUUUGAAGAAUUUAUGCCAUUCAUCGCCGGCCUCACAAUGGCCUGUGAAAAAUAUUGCUCCAUGUCUGCUAAAAAGAAGUGAAAGAACUGAUGUGCAAAUACACUGUAAGAGAAAAUAAUGCUUGUCUUUUUUUUCUUUCUUUUUUUGUAACAGAUAAAGUUGAUUGUGUUGCACAACUGUGUGCCGGAUUUACAAGUAAAAACUGCUUUUGACAAAAUUUC